AAUUGCUCCGCUUAUCAUCAGUGAAAAGUUGAUAUUUUUAUCAGUUUUGUUGAUAUUUCGAUCGAAAAAUAGAAUCGAUCGACUCAACUGCGCGUUGCAAAUUGUGAUACUUGCUAGGAGGAAAGUGCUGUGUUGAAAUCAACUAGAAAAUGAAACUGUAGUGAGAUUUGAACCAUUUCCUUGGACUAUGGGAUCGGAACAGUCCCAGCUACAGCAGCAGGCCGAAGCCGGAACCAUCCGCGGCGGAAGUCUGCGCGCUCAAUCCAGCAAUGCCACUCCGACUCCAUCGCGAUCGACUGCCUCCGGAGCCAAGCUACUCCGUGGCAAUACGAUCGCCGUGACGGAGUUAUCCGCUCUCAGCCUAGACGACGGCGGGGGUCCGUCCUCAUCGGGGACACCGUCGUCGGCGUACAUCUGUGAUUCGCGACCGGUGUCACCCCCGAUGAGCGUGUGCUCCGAUUCCGAUCUACCCUACAUAUCCUACACGGACAAGCCCAUCGGUGAUUCGCCCAAGUUGCGCAACAAGCAGCAGACGAAAGCGGGCAAAAUGCGCCCCAGCAGCGUUAUCGUGGGCAGAACACAGGAAGCGUUUCGCAGUGGCGGUGCAGGCAGCAGCAUCGGCACCGGUGGCAGUGCCAUGUUCGUUGGUAGGCAGCGACCUUAUACGAGCACGACGGCGACCAAUUCCGCACACAACAUCGUGGUGGUAAAGUCGGCCGCUGUUAAGGAGACUGGAAUCGAGAAGGAUGACGACAUCGUGCGACUGCAGAGCGUUCCCAUGUUUCUACCGGUGAUGCGCGGUACCCUUUCCCUACCGGCGAAUCGUGACCCGGAGGUGCUGGAGCGACUGCACCCGAACCACAUGAUCAAUAUGUGCAGCCGGUUGCAGAGCCACUUCAACACCUGUGCCACCCAGGUCGCAUCCGAGCAGCAGAAGAUUACCAACAAAAUCAAAGAGGUGGACCAGGAGAUUUCCAGCGCGCUGGCCCAGCUGGUGCAGAAGCAGAAACUCUACACUUCCUACGCGGAGACGUUCUCCAAGGUGCGGGUGAUAUCGCAGCAACUGACCCGGUGCAAUGACAUUCUCAAUCAGAACAUUGAAAGCAUGGAAUAUUUGAAUAACCUGUUGGACGUGGACGAUCGGUUAGAACCGUUCGUGUGGAAGACGGAGUAGUUUACGAAUGUAGCUUGAAUCUUUUGCCUAGGUAUGUACUCAAAUGUAACCAAAAUUAAAAUUAGCAGUAGAUAAGUUGUAGGAUGUUGCAAUUUUAGUUUAAGGCUAAUUGCGGGGAAUGCUAGAGGGUGGAAGCGAUUCGAAUAGUUUUAUCGAGGUUGAUUCAGAAUUGGACGGUGAUUAGAGUAAGUUGGAAA